AUGUAUCUUAACGAUACCGAAUUAAUUUGCAUCGCAGUAGCAUUUGGAUUGAACCAAAAAAAACCCAAACAAAAUAAAAGAACACGUUGGAUGAAAGAGUGGUAUAAACAGAGAGCACAAUAUAGUCAUGAAAAAUUAUUGAACUGUCUACGAAUGACUGAACCAGAUGACUAUAGGAAUUUUUUACGAAUGGAUGCUACAUCUUAUGAGAAUUUAUUGAAAGUACGUGGAAUUACCAAAAUUGUAUAA